GUUUAUAAUAUUCGAUAUAUAAACAAAACUAUUUAAUAGAUUCAUUAGAUAAAUGCCAAAUACUCUCAGUUUCGUAAUUGCAAAAUACACAUUAUCCUUGAAACGUUGCAUCAAGUUAUGCGGACAACACUACGUCAUCAAACGUUGACGGAAGAAGGUCGGUCACACGCUGUAGAAAGCUCCAGAUCAACAUGGCUGCCUGCAUGAAGAUGCUGGGCGCUGGUAGACAGCUGCACAGAAACUCGGCUCUUGUUGCGAAGUUGAACUGGUCCGGCAGCAGCUGCGGCCCCCACACCGGUCCUUCGACCCUGAGCCGGCUCCAGCCCCCCCGGCUCUACACCAGCACCGGGACCUCACUGAGAACCAGCGCCGGCCGCUGCUCUCACAUCCCAGUCAGCACAGCAAUGACAGCGGGCUGCAGGCUCACCGUUAGACCGCACCGGUGGAUCCGGGGAUGUGCUGUUCUCCGUGGGCAAACCGGGCUCCUCACACCGGCCUCUCGACCCUACACGCUCCAGGAUAGGAUGUUCGGGAACCAGGCCAGCGGCGCGGGCUUCUCCGGGGAGGACGGCGGGGACAGUGCGGGCUCCGGGGGAGAGGAGUCAGGGGGAGAUGGUGGAGUGCCGUACAGCGGAGCUCAGAUGACGGCUCUCACCCCGAUGAUGGUCCCGGAGGUGUUUCCCAAUGUGCCGCUGAUCGCCGUGAGCAGGAACCCGGUGUUCCCCCGCUUCAUCAAGAUCAUAGAGGUGAAGAACAAAGCGUUGAUGGAGCUGUUGAGGAGGAAGGUGCGUCUGGCUCAGCCGUAUGCCGGAGUCUUCCUGAAGAGAGACGACAAUAACGAGUCCGAUGUGGUGGAGUCUCUGGAUGCCGUCUACUCCACAGGGACCUUUGUUCAGAUUCAUGAGAUGCAGGACCUGGGAGACAAGUUGAGGAUGAUUGUCAUGGGCCAUCGCAGGAUCCGGAUCACGAGGCAGCUGGAGGUGGAGCCCGAGGAGGAUGUGACGUCCCCCGUGUCGUCAGAGUCUGAGCCGGAGUCCCACCCCAAACCUGCGCCGAGACGCAAAACCAAACGCAGCCGCAAGGACCAACCGGGGCCUCUGGCAGAGCAGCUGGAGGACACGAUUUCAGAGGCAGACCUGAGUCCGGAGCUGCUGCCUCUUCCCUCCUCCAACAUCCUGAUGGUGGAAGUGGACAAUGUUCAACACGAGCAGUUCACCGUCACCGAGGAGGUCAAGGCGCUGACAGCAGAGAUAGUGAAGACCAUCAGGGACAUCAUUGCACUCAACCCCCUCUACAGAGAGUCUGUCCUUCAGAUGAUGCAGGCUGGUCAGAGAGUGGUUGAUAAUCCCAUCUACCUCAGCGACAUGGGAGCAGCUCUGACAGGAGCAGAGUCACAUGAGCUGCAGGACGUCCUGGAGGAGAUCAAUAUCCCGAAGCGUCUCUACAAGGCUCUGUCCCUGCUGAAGAAGGAGUACGAGCUGAGUAAACUGCAGCAGCGACUGGGCCGAGAGGUGGAGGAGAAGAUCAAACAGACCCACAGGAAGUAUCUGCUACAGGAGCAGCUCAAGAUCAUCAAGAAGGAGCUGGGUUUGGAGAAAGAGGACAAAGAAGCGAUCGAGGAGAAGUUCAGAGAGAGACUCAAGGACCGGACCGUCCCUCAGCACAUAAUGGACGUGAUCAACGAGGAGCUCAACAAGCUGGCGCUGCUGGACAACCACUCGUCAGAGUUCAAUGUAACCCGUAACUACCUGGACUGGCUGACCAGCAUGCCCUGGGGCACCAACAGUGAGGAGAACUUAUCACUGGAGAGAGCCAAAGCUGUUCUGGAAGAAGACCAUUACGGCAUGGAUGAUGUUAAGAAACGCAUAUUGGAGUUCAUCGCCGUCAGUCAGCUGCGUGGCUCCACCCAGGGGAAGAUCCUGUGUUUCUACGGUCCCCCGGGUGUGGGAAAGACCUCCAUCGCUCGCUCCAUCGCCAGAGCCCUCAACAGACAGUACUUCAGGUUCAGCGUGGGAGGAAUGACCGAUGUGGCUGAGAUUAAAGGACACAGGAGGACUUAUGUCGGAGCGAUGCCAGGGAAGAUUAUCCAGUGCCUGAAGAAAACCAAGACAGAGAACCCUCUGGUGCUGAUAGACGAGGUGGAUAAAAUGGGUCGCGGUUACCAGGGCGAUCCAUCCUCCGCACUGCUGGAGCUGCUGGACCCUGAACAGAACGCCAACUUCCUCGACCACUACCUGGAUGUUCCUGUAGAUCUGUCAAAGGUUUUGUUUAUCUGCACGGCCAAUGUGACCGACACCAUCCCAGAGCCUCUCAGAGACAGGAUGGAGAUGAUCAACGUGUCUGGAUAUGUGGCGCAGGAGAAGCUGGCUAUCGCCGAGUGUUACCUGGUGCCUCAGCUGCGCUCUCUGUGUGGUCUGACGGAGGAGAAAGCCUCCAUCUCCUCUGACGCCCUCAGUCUGCUCAUCAGGCAGUACUGCAGGGAGUCUGGAGUCCGCAACUUGCAGAAACAAGUGGAAAAGGUUUUCCGUAAGGUGGCGUUCGGUAUUGUCAGCGGUGAGCACACGUCAGUGACUGUUACCCCUGACAACCUGCAGGACUACGUGGGUAAACCCAUUUUCACGGUGGAUCGAAUGUAUGAGGUCACCCCACCAGGAGUGGUGAUGGGGCUGGCAUGGACUGCAAUGGGCGGGUCGACAUUGUUCAUUGAGACGUCGCUGCGUCGUCCCUCUGGAACAGACGACCCUAAAGGAGAGGGGUCACUGGAGGUCACAGGUCAGCUGGGUGAUGUGAUGAAAGAAAGUGCAAAGAUUGCGUCGACCUUUGCCAGAGCCUUUCUGAUGAACCACGAACCAGAGAAUCACUUCCUGGUCAACUCCCACCUGCACCUGCAUGUCCCUGAGGGGGCAACUCCUAAGGACGGACCAAGUGCUGGCUGCACCAUUGUCACAGCGCUGUUGUCCCUGGCAACCAACCGGUCCGUGCGUCAGAACGUAGCCAUGACCGGUGAGGUGUCACUGACCGGCAAAAUACUGCCAGUGGGUGGAAUCAAAGAGAAAACUAUCGCUGCCCGUCGUGCUGGUGUGACCUGCAUCAUCCUGCCUGCCGAGAACAGGAAGGACUUCUCUGACCUGCCGGACUACAUCACCCAGGGCCUGGAGGUCCACUUUGUGGAUCAUUACAGUCAAAUCUACCCCAUCGUGUUCCCACAGAGCCCGUCCUAACCCGCUGUCAGCUGCAGCGCUAAAUCCAGACCAAGCUCUACCAGGACUUCUUUUCAUGACACUUCAGAACCCAAAGCUCUGUUUGUUACCACGCCAACACUGAUUGUCAUUCUGGUUGUAGUUAGUAAAAUCCAGUUCUUUAAAUAUGCAGCUUGGACUGUGUCCAGCUCUGGAGGAUGGCAGGACAGUAUUUGUUCAAAGCCAGGAACAUCUGGCUCGGUGAUUCUUCACGUGAUUCCGUUACAGCCGCCACUGGACGCCCAAUUGUAGGAGCACCGUCAUGUGACAGAGGACACCGUCACUGAGCUGAAUCCAUGCAGCCAACUGUGCCAAAGACACAGACACACACACAGUGAUGGUGAUGACGGUGACGAGGAACACUGACGGGGUGGUGACUUUGCUGCCAGGCAGCUUCUCUACUCACAGCUCUCGUACAGGGCUGUGGAUGGAUUCUUUCAUAGACUUCUUAUAUUAUUUUAUAUUAUUAUAGGCCAGAUGUGACGAUGAUGAAUAAAUUAAAUAAUAAACAGG